UGGGUGCACCUCGCUUGUCACGGCAAGCAGGACCGCGAGCAGCCUUACAAUUCUAAUUUCGCCAUGCAAGAUAAACCUCUCACUCAGCUUGAUAUCAUAGAGAACGCCGCUCUGCAAGCAGAAUUCGCGUUCUUAUCGGCGUGUCAUACCGCCGUCGGCGAUGAGAAGAUGCCCGAUGAGGUCAUUCACCUCGCAGCCGGUCUUCAGUUUUCAGGGUUCAAGAGCAUCAUUGGCACGCUGUGGGUGGUCGACGAUGAUGUUGCAAAACGCGUUAUCGAAGCGAUAUGUUCAAGGAUUUGGAGGAGGGUGACCAUGUCAUGGACUGUACAAAGGCGGCCUCCGCACUCAACCAUGCUAUGUGUGCCGUGAAGAGGAUCGUACCGCUCAAACAGAAAGUUGUUUUCAUUCAUAUCGGUGUGUAGUUUCAUACCUUGUUGCUUUCAUCUUUGUACAAAUUUAGAAGUCAUUCAUGAGUCACUGUUGA